GUGUGACAAAAACAAAAAAUAAAAAGAAGGCGUCCACCAUGAAGCUGGACGGCGAAGGGAUUCCAUAAAAAACAAGGCAACAACAACAACUAAAAAAAAAAAGGGCAAUUGAAGGGCGAUUACCGCUAGGGAUGGCUCGACCGACAGCCACGAGCACAACAGGCAGGCCGUCAUCAUCAACCUCCUCCGUCACCACCACCGUAACGAUCGAUGACUCGGGCGCCUCCUCGCAACCUCAAGAAACCCUCGUCCUCGAACUCCGCCCCAGGAAAAAGAAAGUUACGUGGAAAAAGGGAACCGUGGACAACGAGUUCAUGAACAAGAAGAGCUCCAAGAUCUGCUGCGUUUUCCAUAAAGAAAAGCCCUUUGACGAGGACGAUAGUGAUGAUGAGGGUCAUGAUCAUCAUCAUCACCAACCAUCCAACGGCCGUGAUUGCUCCAAGGAUAGCUGCACGGCCAUCAGCACCUGAUUUUGUUUUGAAUAUGGGUUUAUGACCAUUAUUAUGGAUGUAAUGAGCAGAUUUGAUGAAAUUCUAUCUAGUGUUGAUUUUAGAUAUUUUCUGCCUUGGGUCAAUCUAUAUAAUGUUUUAGAAGAUAUAUUGUCAUUUUUAAAUUGUUUGAUUCCUAAUAAUAUUUGCAAUUGAUAUGAUUGUUUAA